GACUUGACCAACUUCAGUUUGACCAAGGGUAUCUGUCCUCCGCCAUGAAGCCCAUCGACGCCACCACGCACGAAUACGCCCGCAUCAACGCGGGCACCUCGGCUUCAGGUAGCAUGCAGAUCCACCCUCUUGCACUCGCGUUGGGCGUUGUGGGCGUCUUCAUUCUGGUCUUCCUCGUGGCUGCGUCCUCGUAUCAGAAGCAGCAGGUGCAGAUUAUGGCUCGAAAGCUGUUGCGCAAAAAGCGCAAAUCCGUCACGGAGGAAGACAGAGGCAGUGGUGGUAUGAACCCGGUCUCGGAUCUCCCGGGUUUCGCACGCCAAGCAGCCGAGUCUGGCAACGCGCGCGUUGUGAAACGUUGGGUCCAUUCUACCGACCGGAACGUGGACGCCCGCAGUACUGAGAAUCUCACCGCCCUACAUUACGCAGUGCGUGGCGGCCACAAUGAGUGCACAAGACUGCUUUUGACAGCCAGUGCUGACUCGAACGCCACGGACGAGCGCAGUAUCACGCCACUGCACCUAGCAGCUCUUGGUGGCCACGCACUCUGCGUUAAGCUGUUGUUGGACCACCACGCCGACCCGUUUCGAGAAGACGUGGACCACCAUACCCCACUGUAUAUUGCCGAACAGAGCGGCAACAUCGGAUGUGCGCGCUUGUUGCAGCGAGCAAUGGCCAAGGCAGCAGUUCAAGACGACGCGUCCGUCACACUACGCGCAGGCGCCAGUACGGCUCGUGUCGACAACGCAGUGUAA